AGAGAGAGAGAGAAGGAGUCGAUAAAACAAACAGAAAUAAGGAAGUUUAUGUAGCCCAUUGAUUCCACCCAUUUCUCAAAAUUAGAAGUUUCAGUGAUGCCGCGUUAUGACUUUGAAAUUUGAUCCCAAAUAAGAAUCCUUUCGCUUAAUUUACCUUCGCAAUUCUUUACCACAAUAAUAAUAUUUCUAUUUUUUGGCCUGCUGUCAUUUUCUCUCCCAAUUUUCCCCGCUUUUCUUGGCGGCAUUGUUUUUUGGUGGCUCCAAAAAAUCCCUUCCCUCCUACAUACAUCCCCAUGCUCCCAUUAAUAUUUUAUAUAUACCCGACACUUCCCCCAUUCUCUCUUCAAUCCUGAAAACUCUAUCCACCAAAUUACCAGAACCAAAACCAGAAUUCAUGGCAACCAACGGAACCCCAAGCCCAGCCCAAGCCCCAAAAUCCGUCGACGCCAAGCCAGUCGUCACCGACGAGGUUCAGAGAGUCUUUAAAAGCUUCGACGCCAACGGUGACGGCAAGAUCUCCGUCUCCGAGCUCGGCAACGUGCUCAAGGCCCUCGGCUCCAACGUCUCUGCCGAUGAGCUUCAGCGUGUCAUGGGCGAUCUCGACACCGACCGCGACGGCUUCAUUUGCCUCGACGAGUUCAACGCCUUCUGGGUCUCCGGCCCGAAAGACGGCGGCGGCGCCGAGCUCCGCGACGCCUUCGAUCUCUACGACCAGGACCGCAACGGCCUCAUCUCGGCCAAGGAGCUCCAUUUGGUCCUCAAUCAGCUCCAAAUGACUUGCAGCCUCGAAGAUUGCAAUCGGAUGAUCAGGUCCGUUGAUGCUGACGGCGAUGGGAAUGUGAAUUUCGAGGAGUUCAAGAAGAUGAUGGGCAACAACGCCAGUACCGUUAGCAACACCAACGCCAGUACCGUUAGCAACACCAACGCCUAGUGCACAUGGUAGUCUCUUGUCUAUUAUGUUAGAUGAUGAUUUUAGAUCCGAAUCUCCAUCUCUCUUCUUCCCCGUCUGUGAAAGUUAAAAAGUUAGGGUUGACUUGUGAAAUUUAGGAAAAUAAUUGUGGGAAUGGAUUUUUAUAUACCUAUAUUAGAUCAAGUGGAUGUGCAAAUCCUUUUAUAUAUAGUCUCUGUGAUUAUAUUGUGGGCUGUUCAAAAUCACACUACUUGAUUUAGGGUAGGGCUAAUGAAAUAUUAUGUUCUUUGCUUUCUGUUUGUUUCGCGAGAAAAUCCUCUCCCUCCCUUGGACCCUUGGUUUAAUGAAAUAUUAUGACGCUACCGGUUUUGUUUUA